GUGAUGCUUCCGCUUCCGGCCAUGUCGCGUCGCUCACGCGCGGUUGCUAGGCCAGGAUGGCAUUUUGAGCUCUGGGCGCCAAUCUGGGCGCCCAGUGUAGGAGGACUGUCGCCUGAGGCCUCUGCUUUUGCGAUGAGUCUCUCCUUGUCCCACGUGGCUCCUCGCCACAUGGGCUCCCUAGAGGAAACCCUGACCAAUUUCCUCAUCCACAUCCUCAACCCGGUCCGCAAUUAUUGCCAGCUGUCAAUCAUCGAUGUUAUAAUCGGGAAAGACGAAAAGGGCAGAAAGAUUCCAGAAUAUCUGAUACAUUUUAAUGGUUGGAACAGAAGUUGGGAUAGAUGGGCAGCUGAAGAUCAUGUGCUACAUGAUACAGAUGAAAAUCGGAGAUUACAGCGCAAAUUGGCCAAAAGAGCAAUAGCUCGCCUGAGAGGUACUGGAAAAAAGAAGAGGCGCUGUAGAUUGCCUGGUGUCGACUCUGUCUUAAAAAGUGUGCCAGUUAAAGAAAAAACUAAAAAUGAUGAAAAUUCAGUAAGUAGCACCUGUCAUGAGACCUGCGGAGAAAAGAAUGGAGGGAUAAAAGAACACCGUCAACGUCGUAUUAAAGUAAAGACUAAAGCGAAAAAAAAGGUAUUGUCACUGCGUUCAAGAAAGGACAUGGAUGAAAGAACAAUCACUAUAGAUAUCCCUGAUGUUCUCAAGAAGCAGCUUGAGGAUGACUGUUACUAUAUCAACAGGAGGAAACGGUUAGUGAAACUUCCAUGCCAGACCAACAUCAUAACAAUUUUGGAAUCCUAUGUGAAACAUUUUGCUAUUAAUGCAGCCUUUUCAGCCAAUGAGAGGCCUCGUCACCAUCAUGCCAUGAUGCAUGCACACAUGAAUGUGCACUAUGUCCCAGCAGAAAAGAAUGUUGACCUUUGUAAGGAAAUGGUGGAUGGAUUACGGAUAACUUUUGAUUAUACUCUCCCAUUGGUUUUGCUCUAUCCAUAUGAACAAACUCAAUAUAAAAGGGUGACAUCGUCAAAAUUUUUUCUUCCUAUCAAGGAAAGUACCACGACAACUAAUAGGAGCCAGGAGGAACUGUCUCCAAGCCCGCCUUUGUUGAAUCCAUCCACACCCCAGUCUACAGAGAGUCAGCCACCAACUGGUGAACCAGCCACCCCCAAGAGGCGCAAAGCCGAGCCAGAAGCACUGCAGUCUCUCAGGCGGUCCACAAGGCACAGCACUAAUUGUGAUCGACUGUCUGAGAGCAGCUCCUCACCUCAGCCAAAGCGCCGGCAACCAGACACAUCUGCUAGCAUGCCGAAGCUGUUUCUGCACUUGGAAAAGAAGACACCUGUGCACAGCAGAUCAUCUUCCCCCAUUCCUCUGACUCCAAGUAAGGAUGGGAGUGCUGUAUUUGCUGGCUUUGAAGGGAGAAGAACCAAUGAAAUCAAUGAGGUCCUGUCUUGGAAACUUGUGCCUGACAAUUAUCCGCCAGGAGACCAGCCACCUCCCCCUUCAUACAUUUAUGGUGCACAGCAUUUGCUCCGAUUAUUUGUAAAACUUCCAGAAAUCCUUGGGAAGAUGUCCUUCUCUGAGAAGAAUCUGAAGGCUUUACUGAAGCACUUUGAUCUCUUUCUGAGGUAUUUAGCAGAAUACCAUGCUGUAUCUUCCAUAAGAUGCUGCGCCUCCACUUUUGGUUAUGAUCCGCCAGUAGGCGGCAAUAGAGAAGGAAGGCGGGACAAGAGGCAGGGGCUCAUCGUGAUUGGCUUGCUUGCCUCCGCGCUGUCUUUAGUGAUUGCAGUCGACAACUUUUAA